AUGGACUGCCCCGGCGUCUACUAUAUGUACGGGUUAUGCAGCGACCCGGGCUCGACACGUUUCAGCAGUCACUAUUUCAAUAUUUCAUCGAAGCAAGUUUCAAGCUCGACGACUACCCCCAAAACCACAACCUCUACCCCGACGUCGACGAAGCAGAGCGGUUUUAUAGAUCCUGCAACGUCGACAUCGACAACACCUGAACCCGCGGUAGGGACGGCAAAGUCAACGACCCCGGAUUGA